UUAAAAACCAAUACCAAAUUGAAACUUCAGAAAAUCAUAGCAAUAGUAGUAGCAAAUUUAAUGAUACUGAAGAUAGUGAUAGAAAAAUAAGCAUUUUAAGAGUUAAAAAAGCAAACAAUAUUAUUACAAAAUUAAUACAAGCAAUUCCAGAAGUAAUUACUCAUCAUUUACUUGUAUAUAUUAGAAAUUCUAUAAGAACAAAAAAGUGGCAAAAACAAAUGCAGAAGAAAGCUGCUAUUGAAACACCCAAGCUAGAAUUAUUUUGGUCACAA